CAAUCGGGAUCGCUAUUCACUUAAAUCUUCAAUAAUGCGUCCUGAAUUUAAUUCCAGGAGAUCAUGUGUCGUGUGCACUAAAGGUUGUGUGGCAAGUAGCCAGCAUCUGGCGUCUCAAAUUGGUAUAGAUAUUCUAAAGGCUGGAGGAAAUGCUGCUGAUGCUGCUGUUGCCAUGGCAGCCACCCUGAAUGUGACUGAACCAUGCUCCACAGGUAUUGGCGGGGAUGCUUUCUGUCUGUUUUAUGAUGCCAAAGCUAAGAAAGUCCACAGUGUCAACGGAAGUGGCCGUGCCCCUUCUAAGCUAACCCUAGACUUGCUGAGCCAGCAGGGUUACACCACACACAAACCAUUCCCCGCCCAAGCACACGGACACGCCGUGACCGUCCCAGGGGCUCCUGCCGCAUGGGUAGACACAGUAGAAAAGUUUGGCAGCGGAAAGCUAUCGAUGCUUCAGGUUUUGCAGCCAGCCAUAGAAUUAGCAGAGACAGGGUUUCCAGUCCAAGAGCUGACUGCUACAUCUUGGAGCAAAGGAUCUUAUUUACUGACUGACCCCAAUAAUAUACAUGGAAAAGACAUGUUGCUGAAUGGCCAAGCUCCCAAACAUGGAGAAAUCAUGAGAUUUCCACUCCUUGCAAACACAUUCAAGGAAUUGGCCACUCACGGUAAGGCUGGAUUUUACAGUGGUAGAGUAGCCAACGCUGUAGCAGAGGUCGUACAGCAUCAUGGUGGUGUCAUGACAACAGACGACCUUGCUAAUCAUGUGACCACAUUUGAGGAUCCAAUCAGUGUGGACUAUAAGGGUUACAGAGUUUGGGAAGUACCACCUAAUGGCCAGGGUAUCACAACAUUAAUCGCUUUGAAUAUACUGGAGGGCAUGGAUUUAACAGGAAUGGGCCAUAAUUCUGUUGAAUAUAUCCACACAUUGGUAGAGUCCUUAAAACUGAGUUUUACUGAUACAGCUUGGUUCUGCGCUGAUAUAUCACAAGUUGAUGUUCCCAUUCCUCAGCUUCUAUCCAAAGGGUAUGCUGCCAGGAGGAGAGCACUGAUCAAACCAGAAAGUGCGUCUCGCAGUAUCCAGCAUGGCAGUUUCAAUGUCGGGACUGACACUGUGUAUUUUACUACAGCGGACCAGGAGGGCAAUGCCUGCUCCUUCAUCAACAGCAACUUCAUGGGAUUUGGUACAGGUUUUGUGCCUGAGGGAUGUGGGUUCACACUACAGAAUAGAGGUAGUGGAUUUUCUCUGGAUCCUAAACAUCCUAACGUUGUGGCUCCGAACAAACGACCGUACCACACCAUUAUCCCGGGGAUGGUUACGGAUGCUGAGAGCAAUGACCUUCUGGUGAGCUUCGGUGUAAUGGGAGGCUUUAUGCAGCCGCAGGGGCAGGUGCAGACAUUAAUGAACAUGGUGGAGUUUGGAAUGGAUCCACAGAGAGCUCUGGAUGCUCCCAGAGUGUGUGUGGGAGGACCUUAUGGAUUCGACAGUUCAAUAAUGACAGUUGAGGAAGGGAUCUCCUUAGAUAUUGUUAAAAACCUAAAAAGCCUUGGUCACACUGUGGAGGGUCCAUUGACUGGGGAAAAUCGAAGUUACUUUGGUAGAGGACAGAUAAUCACCCGAGGGCCAGUGUUCAGGGGCAAACUGGCGGGAAAGGAAGUCACGCCCACUCUCUGGGCGGGCUCUGAUCCCCGUGCUGAUGGAGUUGCUAUUGGUUACUGCACCUGAUGUUAUUCGUACUUCCGAAUAUGUAUUGAAUAGAUAACCAGAAGAAAUCUUUUAAUGAUUAAGAUAUUAUGAUAUACAUGUAUAUUAAAUCUUCACAUGACAUUCUUAAUUGAUAGAAUAAAAGUGUAUGAUUUAUUUACAAUAAAAUGCAAUAAUGGAAAACAUUAAAUGUAUAGAUAAUUUAUAAAAUUGCUAUCAAUAUGUGAAUUUAAUGGCGCCAUCAUUUUCUCCAAGGCAACGGCAUGACUAUCUCUAUGUGGUAAAAGUACAUGUGGAUCUGUGGUCUCUCUUCCACUAAAGGUGUUUAGUCCGGUAUUAUCUUUCUCCUACAUUUUUUUUUACAUGAAUCCUGGAAAGCGAAAAUGUUUUAGUUUCGUAUUCAAAAGUACAUGUAUUCCUCCUAAAAACAAUGUAGACAACUUUUAUUUAUAUCAAGUUAACUUCAUCAUACAUGUAGCUUGACGUAAUAUUGUUCUGAUGUUUUUGCUGGUGACAUUCCUGGUGUAUUUUUACGGGGAAAAUGUCCACACGUCAUCAUUCGUAUGUGUUGGAAAUACGUGAUGAACUGAUUUUUGUCGCAAUAUUAGUGUAUAUUGGAUUAGAUCUCCUCAGAAAAUUGUCAUUGUAAUAAAAAUAAAACAUUCCUGGGAUAUCAAAAUGCUUUAGAGUUAGGGUUGCCAUUACUUAAAGACAGCCUAAACAUGUUUUGUUCAUUGUCCAAUAUACUCUGAUCUCAGGCUGGCACCAAAGAUGAAUAUAUGAUUUUCUUGUGAUUCUUUGUUUUUAAUAAAGUGAAAUUUAUAAAUCAAA